GUGAGUAUGUAGAGACAGAGUACACAUACAACGGAAUCCCUUUCUCCCGGUCUAUGCAGUCUGGUAGUGCACAAAUCAGUCCAAGUCCUUCAGCCACCUUAACUACGCAAGAUAAAAACAGCCAACCAACAGGUUGUUGUUCGAGAUGGGCCCAGGGGCGUCGCUAUGAAGCAGCUGGUACCGAGGACGAAGAUAACAACCUCAAAGAGGUUCGCGUCAACGAAACCCACACACAUCGAAAGCCCUCUCCAAAGAACACCCCUAAUAAACGGAAUGACCUCACCCUCACUGUCCUUCCUGAAAUGAAUUGCAACACCAACAUCAAUACCAAUACCAAUACCAAUACCAAUCCAACGGUAACCACCGCCAUUGUGUCCACCUUACCAACACCAACCAAUGGAGUGGAUACAGAGUCUAUACACUCCACAGUGAGUGCAAGCUCUAGUCCACAGGGCAGUAGAGGAAGUCCAAGGGGAAGUCCACAGGGCAGUGCUGGAAGUCCCAAUGUGGUGCAAGUUUCUGCCUUAUAGCAUCGCUUGGGGCCACUAGAGCCUCAUCUUACCAUGUAUAUAUAAAUACCCCUCAGCCAUGUUGUGAAUGAUGAUAGUAACACCUCCAUAUAUAUAAACCUAACCGCAAGUGCAUAAUGCAAGCAACCUAUACUGCAAUCACGCAGUCGUGAGCAGCACGUGUAAUGAUUUAUCUUAAAUUAUUCUUGAGAAAUCUACUCUUUCAUUUAUCAGUUUGUAGUUCUCAUGGAUGUGUGUCUUUACUAAGAAUUAUUUAUGAGAGGAAAGUUUAAUUUGACCAUGAUUUUAUAAUUAUGGAUAUGAGCGUAGUCAUUUUUAUAAUUUUCCACAACCAGGUCCUUUGAUUUUAGUUGUUUGUAAUGCAGUGUGCGUGUGUGUUUUCUCUGUACAUAUACUGAUGUGCCCAGUCUUACUGCCUUGUAUUAAAUUUGUCAUAUUUUGACUUGCCCUUUCAAGACCCCUGUGCCUUUUGAUCUUUAAAAAUAAAUCCUCUAAAAUUUCAAUCAAUCUGAGACAAAUAUUUUGGCUGAAUCAUUCAUAAGAUGUCAUACAAGAAAAGAUUCCCACUUUUGAAAAUCAUUCAAUGUUCCCGAUUCAAAAUGAUUUUUUUCUAAGAAAUACUUGAAACCAUAUAUAAUAAUUUUACCUCAUUUGCCCUAUUCAUCAGAGGCAGCAAAAAUUUGUCAAAUUUUGAGACCUAGUUUAUGCUCAGUAAAUUUCACAGAGAGGGAAUAGAAGAUAAACAAGAGCCAUAUUUAUGCAAGUUGGCAGCUGUUAUACAUCCCCAUGCAAAUAAUUGAAAGGGCAACAUGUAGAAAUAAAUGUUUGUUUUGCGUGAAUGGGCAAAAAAUAAAGAAUUCAUUUGGCAAUAAUUUUAAUUUAAUCUCAGAGCUUCUUGUAGCAAAGUGAUUAUUAUUUGCAAUGACUUAUUUAUUUAUACUCCUUUUUAUUUUCCUCUUUAUUUUCCCUGUCAAAUAUCAUACAGCCCUUUCCUCUCUCGCAGUGUAGAUAUAGAUUGAAAUGCUUUUGGUUUAUUCCUGACUUUCAGGAAUGCCUUA